UAUCAAAAUCUAAAAUUAGGGUUAGAAUUAGGGUUAGGGUUAGGGUUAGGGUUUCUUGGAGUGAGAGAGAGAGAGAGAGAGAGAUCGAUGAAAUGGAGAUGGACUAUGUGAGUGAGUUCCCUCAUUCUCACAUGGAUCGGCGACCCAGAAAGAGACCCAGGUUAGCUUGGGAACUCGCUCAACCCCAAACCAACAAGGCUGAGUCAGGAAUAUAUUGUGGGCAAGAUUUUGAGAGUGGGACAAGCUUUGGACCUUCAAGGAUACUACCAGACCAUGCUAGUCUAUUUGUAAAGGGAUUGGCUCAAAAAGGCUCUCCCCCAUGGCGUGACGAUGACAAAGAUGGACAUUACAUGUUUGCGCUUGGAGAUAAUUUGACAUCACGCUAUAAGAUCCACAGAAAGAUUGGUGAAGGCACCUUUGGUCAGGUUCUUGAAUGCUGGGAUAAGGAAACAAGGGAGAUGGUUGCCAUAAAAGUUGUGAGAAGUAUUAAGAAGUACCGUGAAGCAGCAAUGAUAGAAAUUGAUGUGCUCCAGUUGCUUGGAAAGUAUGACAGAACUGGAAGUCGUUGUGUACAAAUACGGAAUUGGUUUGACUAUCGUAACCAUAUAUGUAUUGUCUUUGAGAUGCUUGGACCAAGCUUAUACGAUUUUCUCCGGAAAAAUAAUUAUCGCCCAUUUCCUGUUGAUCUUGUCCGCGAGCUUGGCAGGCAACUGUUGGAAUGUGUGGCAUUUAUGCAUGAUAUGCGCCUUAUUCACACGGACUUGAAGCCUGAGAACAUACUUUUUGUUUCUCCAGAGUAUGUAAAAGUACCUGACUACAAGGUUACAUCCCGGUCACCAAAGGAGGGAACCUAUUAUAAGCGGUUGCCAAAGUCUAGCGCAAUUAAGGUUAUUGAUUUUGGCAGCACAGCUUAUGAGCAUCAAGACCACAACUAUAUUGUCUCUACUAGACACUACCGUGCCCCUGAGGUUAUUCUUGGACUUGGAUGGAGUUAUCCAUGUGACAUAUGGAGUAUUGGUUGUAUCUUGGUAGAACUGUGCUCUGGAGAAGCUUUAUUUCAGACACAUGAGAACUUAGAGCACCUAGCCAUGAUGGAAAGGGUUCUAGGCCCAUUACCUCAGCACAUGUUGAAAAGAGCUGACCGCCAUGCAGAGAAGUAUGUCAGAAGGGGUAGAUUGGACUGGCCAGAAGGUGCAGCCUCUCGGGAAAGUAUUAAAGCUGUUAUCAAGUUACCCCGUCUUCAGAAUCUAGUAAUGCAGCAUGUAGAUCACUCAGCAGGGGAUCUUAUUGACCUAUUGCAAGGUCUACUUAGAUAUGACCCCUCCAAGCGACUAACAGCUCGUGAAGCCCUCAAGCACCCAUUCUUUACCAGGGAUCAAUACAGGAGAUUUCUGUGAGAGGUUUGGUUUUUCAUUCUGGUGGUGGUAUGUUAAUUGCUUGAAGUGGUUUUUGGUAAGAGUCAAAGGGCUGGCAUUUCUUGUUGCAUUACUUUUAUUUAUUGUCUAAAGUUGCAGCAUAUGAGGCCUGGUCAUGAUUUCAUGACUUCUUUGAUUCUUGUUUUAUUGAGCUUGUGUAGAUAAUCCCAUUCUCAGGAGAAGCAUUCUCCUUUGUCCAAUUUUGUACCAAGAAAUGCGUUGUAUCUGUUUUCCAUUUUUGUAUACGAGUUGAUUACUAUGGACAAAUUUGCCCAGUGUUGGUUAUGUUGUUGGAAUGAUGAGGAAGACCUUUACUAUGUUGUCAUGUAAUUCUGCAAUACUCCAUUCAUGAA